AUGGAGGACAAAACAGUUGAUGAUAUUGUUACUGUUACUGAACGAUCAACUCCUAGUUAUGAUUCCAUUACAAACAAUGAAGUAAUAAAAAGUCAUGCCAUGAAUGAGAAUGUGAGUGAACAGACAAACUGUGACUAUUUCAAAGAACGUUCAAGUACAGCCAAUUCUCCUAUUAUAUUACAUCGAGACUUAAAGCCAGAGAACAUCAUUGUAUCAGAAUCUUUAGAAGUAGUGAAAUUAUGUUACUUGGGGAUUUCAAAAUUGUUAACAAUAAAUAGUUCUGCUACCACCUAUGCACCAGGUAUGCAACCAGGUACCCUUAUCUUUCAAGCACCAGAAAUUUUGCUUGGUAGUAGACCUGCAUCAACAAAAUCUGAUGUUUGGGGAAUGGCAGGCACUCUUGCAGAAUUAUUCAGUGAAUGUCCAAUGUGGGGAUUACAAGAGGAAGAUGAGAAGAAGAAAAUGAAAGAUCAGUUGUUGAAACAAUUAAAGAAUUUAUGA